AUGAUGCACUGGGGCGGCGUAUACCCAAUCCAAGACAUCAUUAAAGACGUGUCCAAACGAAGUGGUAUUCUCGGAGAUCUCGAAGCAUCCGUGUCGCAGAAGAACCAAGAGCAGGGCGCAGGAAACGAGAAGCCUGCCGCCGUCACCGUCACCGUCACCGCCACGCUCGCCUUUUUCCACAAUCCGGGCCUGGACGCCCGCCCCUUCGUGUUGCACCCGGCGCGCGAGCUCGGUCUGCACGGGGACCGGCUCCUCCAGGAAGACGAGAUCGGUGCCUACGUCGGCGAGUCCCUCGAGAGGAGCGCAAGCCGCCACGACGGCGGUGAAGAAGUCAGCCAUGGCGUCGAAGCCGGCGGUGGUAGCGGUGCGCGCGGUCACCACAGGACGAUGUGUCUGGCCUUCAGUGGCGGCGGGGGGGGCGCCGUAGGGUCAGAGCCGAGUGACCUAUGCACGUCGACCCUGCACCGCCUCAACGGGAUCCUCGGCGACGCGGGAAGAAGAAAGAGCGGAGCCGGCAGCAGCAGCAGCAGCAGUAGCCGGUGCCCUCUCGUGUCCACCGUGGCGGCGGCGGGCUACCCCGCGUACGCCUCCGUCCGGGACCCCGGCUCGAGGGAGCGCGUGACGGUGGCCGCGGAAGCGGUGGGGGCGAUACUGACCUGCCUCCCGGACAGCGAAGCGUCGCUCCAUCUCGUCCACGCUGGGAACGACAUCGCGCUCCGGGGCUCGCAGUUCCGCGUGGCGAGCGUGUCGGGCGGCGAUAUCGCCGAGGUGGUGCCCUUGGAGUCGAAGCAGACGGAGGCGGCAACGGCGGUCCCGACGCUGGACGGCGGGUUCGCGGGCGGCUGCGGGGCGGGCGCCGGCGACUCUCUUUGGCAGCGUCCCCGCUGGCCUUGCGGGGUCAUCAGCGCCGCCGAGUGGUGCAAGCAGGUCGUCUCCGCCUCCACCCGCUUCGAGAAGUUCGCCAUGCAGAGCGCGCUAGGCAUCGGCGUUCUCCAGCGGGCGGGUGCCCGCGAGGGGGCAGCGGCUCUCGGGCAAGCGGGGGGUGCACCGGCGGGGGUCGCGCGGAACUUGCCCGCCCACGGGUACCUGUCCGUGACGGAGGUCAAGACCGACGAAUCGAUCAGCUUAGCACACGGCGGCAGAGGGGAGCAGGAUGACCGCCGGAGAGGGGACGGCGGCAGGGCAGCGGCGGAGUGUGGCGUGCGCCUGGGCGACCUGUGCGACAUCCGCGCGAUCGGGGUGAUGGCCGCGAUGCAGGCCGAGCAGGACGCCUACUCGUGGCUGCGAAUCGCAAGGCUAUCGGCGCUGAUCCAGGGUGCUACGGGCGACAGGGAGGCGUCUUCGGCGACGGCAGCAGCAGCCCCCGUCUUUCAGGGAUGCCUUACCGCGGGGACGCGGGCGAGGUGCGCUCCGGGAGCGGAGGCCGAGAGCUGCGAGGAGCUCGUGCGCGUCGCCGCCGGUCACGGGUCACUGUGCCCGACCGCUGGCAUGGUUGGCGAUGCCCAGCUGGUCUCGGUCGACAACGUGAUGAUGACCUGCUCCCACGGCGUCGGCAUGUCGAGUGUGUACGUCUGUGGGGGUGCCGGCGAGCAAGAGUCUAGUGCCGCCUCCUUCGUGUAAGAACGUCUAUUAUAAAUAUAUAGCGGAUGGUGCAUCCUUCGUAGUCAUGAUGGACGCGGCGUGAGUGCACAGUAGUGAUAAAGGACGAACGUUGCCGUUGCUGACGUGGCUGUUGGUGUGUUUUUUUAGAAGUUUCAUUGUUGUUGCUGUGGUGAUCCAAACGUAUCGUGAACUCGUCAAUAUCUCUGUUGAUUGGAGUAUCAUGAAAGGGCAAGAAGAAGCCGAUAUUGUGUCGGUGUAGCAUGUAGAUAUGUCGUAGCGCGUGUGUAUAGUCGUGUGCUCAGCAAGGGGGGCCCGGUGGUUGUGAAUUGAUUUCUUCAUUCGUUUGUGUUGGUGUUUACUUCUGAAGUCCGUCGAAGGCUCAGAUGCUGGUUGUCAGUAGAUCCGCAAUAUUUGGGGAAACGAGAGGUCGUGAUCGUCUCCGCUUUCUCUCGGUUCGACGUUAACGAUGGGCUCAAUGCCGUAUUGAAUAGUGUGGUGUUUACCGACCUCUACUCUGAGAGCACCCUCGGGUUGCGUCAAUAAUUAUUUUUCACGAACUCUUGUUUUUUUGGCGGGGUUGCCAGAGACAGGAAACGCCCCCUGGUUGAAAGAAAUGCUCGACGGCGAGCUUUUAUUUUUGUCGAGCUCCCCCUCUGUGUGAAUCACCGUCGCCCCCUCAGAGCUCCAAAACGGACGGGCACGCACGAGCCGACUGCAUGCAGGUGCUUUUUUCAACCAAUAAAACCACUAUACAACCCUCAGUCAAGGAGGUCGAUGACGGGUGGGGUUGUCUUCGUGUGUGUUCGGUUGUAUGCGAAGGUGUAGUACCGAAUCAGAAUUUACCCUCAACUGGGAACCUCUUGUGGUCAGGAUGGGUAAGUCGAUGGAAGUGUCACAAGGUUCUUUGUAGGAUCGACUCCAAGAGAUGUUCUCAGGACUGACACACAUUGUGUCCGUGGGAAAAUAUCCAAGUCAGGAGAAAAAGUGUGCACCCAAGGAGAUUCGAACCAGUAUCCACCUGACGUCACAUGCGAAAGUGUACCGAUUCAGGUAAAAGUC